UACCACGUCCAUUCAUUCAACAAGGGCCAUGCCGAAGUCGAGGAUCGGCGAGGCUAGCACGUCGGCCAACACGCUCGACUCGAAGCCUGCUCCCAAGGCUCGCAGCGAUGGCAAGGGAGGCCAGAAGCCUCGCAAGGGCAAGGCGCCCUACCCUGUCAAGAAGCCAGCUGCGGAAGGCGAAGUAGGCGCCAGCAAGAUCAAAGCGGCCCUACGUCAGACCCGUCGAUUGCUAGCAAAACCCAACCUCGCACAGGACGUCCGUCAAGAAGCCCAACGGCGUCUCCUCUCCCUGCAGUCUGACCUGGCAAAACGAGAAUCAAGCCAAAAGGAGCGCAAGAAUGCCGAUCGAUACCACAAGGUUCGCUUCUUUGAGCGACAGAAGCUCGUACGCCAGAUCAAGAAGAUCAAGAAGGAUCGAAAGGGCAAGGGCGCCGAUGACGACGAUGAAGAGCUAAAGGAAAAGAGAGUGCUCCUCAACUAUGUGCUGAACUUUCCCCCAUCCCUCAAGUACGUCGCCCUCUUUCCCUCCUCGGGCGAGUCACCCCUCAUCAAGCCUGCCCAGCCUGCAGAAGAGACGGAUGUGUCGCGCCGAGCUAAGCAGGCGUACGAGCGGGCGAUGGAUGUGCGGAAGAAGAUCAUCGCGGCCAUGGAGCGUGGCGAGUUGAGCACGGAGCCGGAGGUCGAGCUGGACCGUAGGGCUGGAGACGAGGCGCCGGCUAAGAGAGCGCGCUUGGAUCUGGACAGUGACAGAAAGAAGAGCCAGAGUGGGCGUCAGGCGACCAAGAAAGCGAACAAGGCUGAAGAAGAAGAGGAGAAGAGCGACGCAGGAGGAGGAAUCGACGGCGACGACUUCUUCGCGAGCGACAGCGAUGGCGAGUGACGAGCGAAUAGCGUCUCUGCAUUCAGCACUAUGUAUUUGUAUCUUGGCCAACACUACCAUGCGAUCAUCAUCUACAUCAAUCUUGCG